GGUCACCUUCCCCAUCUGACACGAUCGGAGUCACCAUCGUCGUCAAAACCCACCGUCUAUAAAUACCGCCCACCUCCUGGAUUUCCCCGAAAGCCCACGUAUUUCUCUCUCCGGGUCUCCUCUUUGGAAGGAAAAAAAGAAGCUCUUUUAUUUCUCCCCUCGUCCUCUACUACUCGGAUUGGGAGAGAGCUAUAGAACGACCGGAUCGGAGGAGCGAAGAUGAAGGCAUCGAGGGGGCGGAUGAGCGCCGUUGUGGGAUGGGUGAAGCGGCAGCCGCCCAAGGUGAAGGCGUUCCUGAGCGUCGUGGCGGGCAUGGCGGCACUCGUCUUCCUCAGAUUCGUCGUCUACGACCACGACAACCUCUUCGUCGCCGCCGAGGCCGUCCACGCCCUGGGCAUCUCAGUUUUAAUCUAUAAGCUCACCAAGGAGAAGACCUGCGCCGGACUUUCGCUCAAGUCGCAGGAUCUAACAGCUUUAUUUUUAGCUGUUAGACUGUACUGCAGUUUUGUUAUGGAGUAUGACAUACACACACUGCUGGAUUCUGCUACACUUGUGACUACCCUGUGGGUUAUUUAUAUGAUUCGAUUUAAGCUGAAGUCAAGUUACAUGGAGGAUAAGGACAACUUUGCAAUAUAUUAUGUGGUAGUGCCUUGUGCUGUACUAGCCCUUUUACUUCAUCCUUCGACAGCACAUAAUAUUGUAAACAGGAUUUUCUGGGCCUUCUGUGUUUAUUUGGAAGCUGUCUCAGUGUUACCCCAGUUACGUUUGAUGCAAAACACAAAGAUUGUUGAACCAUUCACAGCUCACUAUGUAUUUGCAUUAGGAGUUGCCAGAUUCUUGAGUUGUGCACACUGGGUUCUUCAGGUCCUGGAUACUCGUGGAGCCCUGCUGACAGCUUUGGGCUACGGGUUGUGGCCAUCCAUGGUUCUCCUUUCAGAAAUUGUUCAAACCUUCAUCCUCGCAGACUUCUGCUAUUAUUACGUCAAAAGUCUUGUUGGUGGGCAAUUGGUGCUACGUCUUCCUUCUGGGGUAGUAUAAAUUUGAAGAUUCUGUGCAACCUCUCAGUUAUCGUGCCCUGAAGUAACUUAUUAUGAAAUCCUAUUAUGUGCAUUUUCAAUUGCCUCAUACCUUUGAAACCUAUAGCCUUUUCAAUUUGUCACCAGUGAUAUUAGGCUGCGGACACGUUGCGAAGUGUAUGAAAUUUAAAAGCACGUGUCGAUUUCCUGAGUGGUAAUGCAUUGGUUUUUUGCUGACUGCCUGUACUUUAGAUAAAGCUAAUCCAAACCCUUUAUGGAUCUUUUUUCUUAACCCUGAGAAAACAUUUCAGUUCUUUUCAUUAGAACUCCCUGUCAUGCUUGCAAUCAUAAACCUCAAGGAUAUUUCUCUUUUGUAUCAGCUUGUGGGUGCUAUGCCAUAAUUUAUGCUUUUAAAAGCGUGGCAAUGAUUGAGAUCA